AUCAAUGGACAGACUUUGGAUUUUGUCACUGCUGACAUUUGCCUUGGCAGAGUCUACUAUUCAUCCAAGAGGACUAUUUAUUAACUUAGUAAGUGAAUGUGAGAUAUCCUUAUUUUAAUCCUUCCAGAAUUAUCUUCUUUUAGAUUUGGAUAAGUAUAAGGCUAGGAAUAAUUUGCCCUGGUCCUAUUCUUUUAUUUAAAAUCUAGGGUACUAUGUAAAUCAGAACAUAAUCAAGAUCAGUGUCAACACAUGACAUUCCUUCAAAAUUCCUGUGAAAUGAUUUGGCCAACAUAACCUGGUUAUUACUCCGUGAACUAACAUAUUUUUAUGAGAAUGUAGUGAUGAAUCUAAAGAAACAAGGCAUUUCACAAAAGGAAAAUGGAGAGCUGUGUCUUAAUAGCCACCAGUGCAAAAGCCACUGUUGUCACCGAACCACAGGCUUAAGUCUUGCUCGCUGUGCAAACAAGGCAGCUGAAAACCAAGAAUGCUCCCUAAAAAGUCUAUAUGGAGUUUACUACAAGUGCCCUUGUGAGGAAGGCUUAAUCUGUGAUGCUGAUCGGACCAUUGUGGGAAGUAUUGUCAAUUCUGACUUUGGCAUUUGCAAGGACCCAUCAAGUAAAAUCAGCAGUGACAAAAAAGAAAGAAAGAAGUAUGGUGGAUAGAUUUUUACCCCAGAUCCUUUAAGUAGCCAUAUAGCUGUUAUUCAUUGCAAAACAAAUUCCUAUGCUUUUAUGUACUGCUCCAAUAAGCAUACCCUUUGUUUAUCUAGAUUUCAGUUAAGUUCAAACAUUUUUCUGAUCCACUCUACUCAAAAUAAGGCCUUGCCAUACAUUUUUGGUAUGAUAUCAGCAAGCAGUAAUAUCUGACUCACCUUACUUAGACUUGGGACCAAAUCCAGGGUGGAACAGCCAGUGAUUGGAGGACAAAUCAUUCGGUUAAAAUGCCAUGGCAGUAGCCUAGACUGGGAAGCUGAAACGAUAUCCUGACAAAGUAUUUAUAUCAACAGGUGUGAAGAUAUCAGUACAUCUUCAAAAUGCAUGCAGAAACCUGUUACCCUCAGGCAUGUUCACUCUCUUUAAUGAUUAAUAUAUUCCCCCUUAGUACUACAUUUUUAGAAUGACUAAGCCUAAGAUGGGAAUUCAUCUUUCACAAAAUUGGAGUGCGGGAGAUAGAGAUGGCUUUUCAACUCGCAUGAAAUUAUAGAUCAGGAACUGAAAAGAAAAUAGACAACAACAGCAACCAAUGAGCAGAGAAAGAAAAGUAUGAGAAUCAGGAAAGAAUUUAAAAAAAAUAUAUAUAUAUUAAGGCACUGGAUUCCACUCUAUUCUGGUGGUCUAGCAAUGUAGUGAGUUCUAAUAACUAACCUUCUCUCUAAGGAGCUCCGCAAUUUGAUUUGUACAACAGCAAUGUAAGGUGAGCUAGAAUGAUGGAUAAUAAGUGAUUAGGUCAAAAACACACAAGACAUUGUGACUGUAAUGUCAGGUCCAAAGCACAGUUGAAAAGUAUCAGUAAAAUCUCUUCCAACCAAGAUGUCCUCCUGGUCAUUUCAUUGACAGCAUUCUAUACGUUUCUUUGUAGCAACAUGAAUAGGAUUCCUAUUGCCUUCUUUGGGCUAUUUUUUUCAACUACCCAGUCUAAUUGGCAAUCUUAGUAUGAUCUACGAGAGUAGCAACUGUGUUUAGUUCCAAGACACUGCCAUGUCAGACAUGCAGGACUAAAUUAAAUGAUCUUACAUUUAACACAAACCAGUAUUUGCUGUCUGUCCUACUGGUAUUUUAUUGGUUUUAUUGAUAUUAUUAUUCUUUUAAAAAUACAUAAUGAAAAAGGAAAAUAAUAAUAUGGACCAGCAACUAUUUAUUCCAAAUUGCCUCUUUUGACUAAGCCUUCCGUUUUACUCUUUAUAAUGUUCCAUGCCUUUACAUUUCAUUGUUUUAGCUCUCUGAUCACGCUUCUCUCUGCUUUGCUACUGCAAAGUACUACUACUCUAAUUUAUCUUCUAGCCAAGUUUUUUUCCCCCAGGGAAAAUGUUCCUAGACUUAGGAAUAUUCAAAAGUUGUGCAUCAAACAAGUAAGGAAGUGUUUAGAAGAAAUUGGCAACCCAUUGGAUAGUUAAUAAAAUGUCUAUACCGUAAUACAUUAUUGACGGGGCCUGACCUUUGAUAACCCUAUGCAUCUGCCUGGCUGCCUGGCUGCCUCUCUUCCUAUCUACCUACUGCAAUAUGUCAUAAUCUGAAUCAUUUGAAAGCUGCCAUUCUGAGAAGUUCUGUGUUUUGGAAAUGACUUCUGGGUGAGAGUUAAUAAAAAUAUACAAUCAA